AUGAUUGACCCGCAAGAUAGAUUUUUCUCAGAGGGCCAGGGCUAUUUUGGCGCGAGAGAAAACCCUGCAACCGAAACUCACUGCAACGUCUGGGACUGGGAUCAGCUGCGAUUGGUCAAAGUCAAAGGAACUGCAAAGCUUUUCCCACCCGGAGAAGACGUUGAGACCUCUAUUCUUGCGCAAUUUGCCGAUUAUCUUUCCCCAGAGGUUCGUGCAAUCACGGUCGACGAUGACGGGCUUCUCACUGGGGUUUCGACAGACCCGAACGAAGAUGAUACAUUCUUUGUUGGAUAUCUUCCCUUAUCACUCUGUCAAUCACUCACAGAUUGCCCUACUAUCCACUUCUCUCAACUUCGAGAGCUUGAUCGCCUUGGACCGGGUGUCGAUCUUAUGUCAUAUACUGAUCAGAUGGUCGCAUUCAAAUUCAACCCUUUAGGCAUGCCUCGCAGACUACAAAUGUCCUGGAAGGAGAUGAAUCUGCUUAGCAAACUGCCGCCACACCCUAAUAUUAUACCGUUUGACCGCAUUGUUCUCGAGGACGUGGAAUCUCGAGUGGUUGGAUUCACAACAAAGUACAUCCCAGGUGAAACGCUAGCUGAUACUGAUCCAAAAAGGCCUUUCCGAUUUGAAUGGCUAAAACAGCUUACUCAACUGGUGGAUUUCCUGAACCUAGAAUUAGGGAUCAUGCAUCAAGACAUUGCACCACGGAAUUUGCUUAUCGACCCCGAAACAGACAAGAUUAUUCUCUUCGAUUUCGAUUGGGCCACCAAUGGGAAGGAAGGUCUACUGGAUAGUCGAGACGAUGUGUCUGGUGUUGUCUUCACACUAUACGAGAUCAUUACGAACGAUACGCAUCCCACGAGCAUUCCUCACUGGGACCGAAUUAUAGACAUGGUACAGAAUACUGAAUGGACUUGUCGCCGCAAACUAGACUCUGAUGUAUCAAGGUUCCGCAAGUUUCUGAAUGAAUGGAUAGUGUCGAGAACGGAGAAAGCCAGAGAACAAUAUUUCAAUGCACCCAAGCGGCUUACAUGGCCCAAUCUCCCAACCCCUCCAGACUACAGUGUGCCCUUUGAGCUGGGUUGGACAGAGGAAGGGGAAACUGUUUGGCAAACGGGCGAGCGUUCAAGACGCAUUGCAUUAGGGAAGGGGCAAUACUGCUUUCGGUGGCAAAGACCACCACAAAGCAGGUUGUUAAAAAAAGCUGAAAAUAGCAUGUAA